AUGCCGAAGAUGACGUCCGGACAAGAAACCAGCUCCAAGCCCCUGCCCACAGACCGCGCGCCGCCGUCUUCCCAUGCGACGCUGAAGUAUUCGCUACUCGGUCCAUCCCUCACCAAAGCAGGUCAAGACUCAGUCUCCGAGGUGAUUUACAAUGCCUCCAAGGGUUCAAAAUACUUCAAUCGCGAGGAAGAGAAGGACAAGAUCCUCACCGUCAAGAUUGACAACAUCCUCGCAAAGAAGAAGGCCCUAGAGAAGUCUGAUCUAUCUCGUGAGCUUCGACAAGCCGACAGCCUCAUUGAGCAGUUCGAGCUAUCCAGGGAUCUGAGCCAACACAUCGUCCAUAUCGACUGCGAUGCUUUCUAUGCUGCAGUGGAGUUGCUUGACCGCCCAGAACUGAAAGAUGUUCCAUUCGCUGUAGGUGGUGGUGUGUUGACGACGUGCAACUAUGUCGCCCGAAAGUUCGGGUGUCGCAGUGGCAUGGCAGGAUUUGUCGCUAAAAAAUUAUGUCCCGAGCUCGUCUUGCUUCGCCUAAACUUCGACAAGUACACUGCGAAGGCGCAAGAGGUCAGAGAGGUUCUUGCGGAGUAUGACCCUCGAUUUGAGAGCGCUAGUAUUGACGAAGCGUACCUGAAUAUCACAGAAUAUUGCAACGAACACAACAUGGAAGCCGCUGAUGCUGUUGAGCAAAUGCGCAGAGAGAUUCACGAGAAGACAAAUAUCACUGUAUCAGCGGGGAUCGCGGCCAACGCCAAGCUUGCGAAAAUCUGCUCUAACAUGAACAAACCCAACGGCCAGUUCGUGCUGCCGAAUGAUCGGGCGGCAAUCUUGACUUUCAUGCGGGACCUUCCGUGUCGCAAAGUCAACGGCGUAGGACGUGUCUUGGAGCGAGAGUUGGCAGCGGUUGGCAUAAAGACAUGUGGUGACAUCUACCCCGAAAGACAAUACAUCAACCGCCUUUUUGGAGAGAAGACCUGCGAAUUUUUACUCCGCUGUUAUUUGGGGCUGGGAAGGACAAACGUGCAACCUGCGGAAGAAUACGAACGAAAGAGCGUCGGGACGGAGAGUACAUUCGGUGAUAUUUCUGAUCCCCUGAAAUUGAGAGAAAAGUUGCGAUGGACGGCCGAUGAGCUUGAAAAAGAUAUGCGCAGGGCGGAAUGCAAGGGCCGCACUCUCGUCCUGAAGGUCAAGAUGCAUUCUUUUGAAGUCUACACCCGGCAGGUUGUUACGCCUAAGGCGAUCUAUCUGGCGGAUGAUCUCUACAAUUACGCUCUUCCGAUCCUGACAAAAUUGGAGCAGGAAAUGCCGGGUAUGAAGAUCAGACUCAUGGGUUUACGCUGUACGCAUCUAGUUAGCACUAAGAAGCCAGACACCAUGGCGUUCUUUGGUUUGAAACCGAAUCGUUCGUCAUCAAACGACCUUGAGCAAGGUGGGACAUCAGAAAAGAAUGAACCCUGGGAUAGCGCUCCACUUCAAGACGAGGAGUGGGAACGGUGGCCAGAGGCCGAUGAAGCCCUGAACAUCGCCUAUGCUGAACUCCAAGAUCUAGAUAAGGACCCGGAGAUCGAGGGCGGCAGCCCUUUCAGAAGACACGGCAAGGAGAUUAUGCCCAACCCUAGGAAGCAUUCAAGUCCCGAACCAGAAGAAUGGUGGGAUUGUCCUAUAUGUGCUCGGCCACAAGCAGCUAGCGAGAAGCAGUUCAAUGAGCAUAUAGACCUCUGUCUUUCUCGGCAAACUAUCAAGGAGACUGUGCAAAUGGAGGCAAAUAAUGCACCGCAUGGCCGUGCGAUGACACCAGAACCAAAACGGUGCCACCCACCGCUAAAACUGAAGGCAUUGAAAGUGAACCGGAUCGGCAAGGAAGUGAGACGUUUCUAUGGUGGUGAUGACGAGCACCGCGAGGACCAGCCACCAGAUAUCAUGAGCCAGCUGGCCGUGAACCUGCUGGCUGAUGAAAGAUAUCCUGCUCUCCACCUCACGAGACCGAGGUACUGGUACUCCGACGCCAUGCCACGGCGCAAACGUCCGUAG